AUGACCAUGAUCCAAGUGCUGGACCGAGCCGCUCAGGCAGCCAGCGACGAUGCAGAGACCUGGAGGGAGUUGCAAACGGACUUGUCCAGCCUGGUGGCUGACUUGGCCGGGGUCACACUCGAGCACGCCAAUCGACAGUUUGCCCCAGAACAGCACGCCCUGGCUCUUUUGCACGUUCUACUUGCUUGGCGCAUGGCCAACCCCAACAACUGUACAUUUGUCGUGCUCAGGGCCAUGUUUGAAGGACUUUAUGCAGCUGUGAUGAUUUUGAUUGCCCACAAACAGUUCGAGCGCGCCUUUCGCCUCACCUUUCAGACGACAACCUUGCCUGCUGAAGCACCCUCUGCCAUUGCCGUUGCGGCCUGGAAGAAGCAUAUUCUCCUGAGUGCCCUUCUGAAUCGAAAAGCCAUGAGUUUGUCGGAACAAAGCUCGCUGAGUGGCAUCGUCUCUCGAAAUAUCAGCCGUCUUUGCGUACCGUAUGAAGACUUUGCCAAGGCGCUUGGCAAAAGUACCUCGCCGGCGGACGUGGCUGCACUCGUCACGCGACACACAGAAACAUUCACACGUGAUGGCAACCUGGGUCUCGUCAAGCAGUGUGUGGCAGCCGGCGACCGACACCGCGUGCACAAGCUGACGAAGGUCUACGUCAAACUCAGCUUUGAGGACGUCAAGGUCAAGGCCGGCCUGGCUUCAGAGGCGCAAGCUGAGGCUAUUUUGGCUGACAUGAUUGCCAAGGGCACGAUUCGCGCGCGCAUCGACCAGCCAAACCGAACCGUGGCUUUUGCGGAUGUGACUGUCUCGGCACACGAGGAACAAGCUGCAGCCGAGACGAUUCAGCACCUGGUGCAGCGGGUGCAAGGCUUGCUGCAGCUUCUCGACACCAAAGAUCGUGCCGUGCAACUGUCAAAACCAUACAUUGAAGCGGUAAGCCAACGCCAAGCGCAGUUACUUUCCCAGUUCAAAGCAUUUUGCUCGAGUGAAAGAUUUGAGAUCGAUCGAUCGAUCGAGCCUGUAGGUCCGUCCAAUGUCGCGCGCUGA